AUGUCAGACAUUGUUGGAAUCGAAUACAAUCGUGUUACAAAUACCACAUCUACGGAUUUCCCAGGUUUCCAGAAGGACCAAAGUGCCGCAUGGGAUUUAGAUCAAUUCAAAAACACAUUUGACGUGAAAAUCAGUUCUCUUGACGAGCGUGAAGCUAACUUCGACCUCGUUCACAUUGAUACUUCGAUUGCCAAUGCGUUCCGUAGAAUCAUGAUCUCUGAAGUGCCUUCAGUUGCGCCAGAAUAUGUGUACUUUUUCAACAACACGUCUGUGAUACAAGACGAGGUGUUGGCACACAGAAUUGGGCUCACUCCUCUCAAAGUCGAUCCAGAUAUGCUGUCGUGGAUUGACCCUGCUUUGCCAGAAGCCGAAAAGUUCACGGAUGAAAACACUAUUGUGCUUACAUUGAACGUCAAAUGUACCAGGAACCCGGAUGCGCCUCAGAACUGCACAGAUCCCAAGAUUCUAUAUCGCAACGCACACAUCUACGCUCGUGACUUGAAAUUUGAACCUCAAGGCAAACAGCUCACAACUUUUGCCAAAAGCCCUGUGGUUCCAUCUGAUCCGGACAUUUUGCUCGCUAAACUUAGACCCGGUCAGGAAAUUUCUCUAAGAGCUCACUGUAUACUUGGUAUUGGCAGUGACCACGCAAAGUUUUCUCCUGUUUGCACAGCCUCUUACAGACUGAUGCCUCACAUCAAUAUUACACAGCCAAUUACUGGAGAUUCAGCUCAAAAAUUCGCUGAGUGCUUCUCACCAGGCGUUAUUGGGAUUAGCGGCAAGGGCGAAGCCUACGUGAAAGACGCAAGAAAUGAUACUGUAUCACGAGAGGUUUUGAGAUAUGAGGAGUUUGAGGAUAAAGUCAAGCUUGGAAGAGUUAGAGAUCACUUCAUUUUCAACGUGGAAACUACCGGCGCCAUGACUCCAGAAGAGAUAUUUUUCAAAAGUGUCAGGAUUCUCAAGAACAAAGCUGAGUACCUGAAAAAUUGUCCCAUUUCUCAAUAA